AUCCGGGCCGGGUUGUGGCCGCAGCCGCGUACGUGAGCGCAGUGUCCCGGAGAGGGAGGGCAGGCCGGCCAGGAAAGGCAGCAGCAUGGCCAGUGUGCUGUCCCGGCGCCUUGGUAAGCGGUCCCUCCUGGGAGCCCGGGUGUUGGGGCCACCCGGGACUGCCCCACCCUCGGAGGCUCAGGCGGAGCUGCUGGAGGGGGCUGCUCCCCAUCCCUUCCUCGCCUCUAAGGACACUUCCUGCCAGGAGCAGCCCAAGGAAGUCUUUAAGGCUCCCAGCACCUCAGGCAUCCAGCAGGUGGCCUUUCAGCCUGGCCAGAAGGUUUAUGUGUGGUAUGAGGGCCAAGAAUGUACAGGACUAGUGGAACAGCACAGUUGGGCAGAGGGUAAGGUGACUGUCUGGCUGUUGGAUCAGAAGUUACAGAUCUGCUGCAAAGCGGAGGAGGUGUGGCUGGCCGAGCUGCAGGGCCCCGUUCCUCAGGCACCACCUCUGGAGCAGGGGGCCCAGACGCCAGCCUACAGGCCUGUCUCCAGGAACAUUGACGUCCCAAAGAGGAAGUCGGAUGCAGUGGAAAUGGAUGAGAUGAUGGCGGCCAUGGUGCUGACGUCCCUGUCCUGCAGCCCAGUCGUGCAGAGUCCUCCUGGUGCCGAGGCCAACUUCUCUGCUUCCCGCGCGGCCUGUGACCCGUGGAAGGAGAGUGGGGAUGUGUCUGACAGCGGCAGCAGCACCACCAGCGGGCACUGGAGCGGGAGCAGCGGCAUUUCCACCCCCUCACCCCCCCACCCCCAGGCCAGCCCCAAGUAUUUGGGGGACGCCUUUGGUUCUCCCCAAACUGAUAAUGGAUUUGAGACCGAUCAGGAUGCUUUCCUCUUGGAUGAACCAGCUCCACGCAAAAGAAAGAACUCUGUGAAGGUGAUGUACAAAUGCCUGUGGCCCAACUGUGGCAAAGUUCUGCGCUCAAUCGUGGGCAUCAAACGACACGUGAAAGCCCUCCACCUGGGGGACACUGUGGACUCUGACCAGUUCAAGCGGGAGGAGGAUUUCUACUACACAGAGGUGCAGAUGAAGGAGGAAGCUACUGCUGCUGUUGGCACCACCACAGCUGACCCAGCUUCCCCCCCCAGCGUGAGCAGCUCACCCCUUGCCAUUCUUCCACCACCUCCUCCCAGAGCCCAGGCCUCAGGCCCGGAACACCCUGGCCUGGAGUCUUACCUGCCCUCUGGUGCUCUCAGCAAGUCAGCUCCUGGCUCCUUCUGGCACAUUCAGGCUGACCAUGCGUACCAGGCCCUGCCAUCCUUUCAGAUCCCUGUCUCGCCACACAUCUAUACCAGUAUUAGCUGGGCUGCCGCCCCCUCCACGGCCUCCUCCCUCUCUCCGGUUCGGAGCCGGUCGCUAAGCUUCAGCGAGCCCCAGCAGCCACCACCUGCGAUGAAAUCUCACCUGAUUGUCACAUCUCCACCCCGGGCCCAGAGCAGCGCCAGGAAAGCCCGCGGGGAGGCUAAGAAGUGCCGCAAAGUGUAUGGCAUUGAGCACCGGGACCAGUGGUGCACAGCCUGCCGCUGGAAGAAGGCCUGCCAACGCUUCCUGGACUGAACCUGUCCAGCUUGCUCGUCCUCUUUGCUCCUGGCCCUGACCGGCAGCCAGAUGACAAAAGGCAGACGUGCCACAAGCCCUCAGCAGAAACCUGAAAGAUAAAGAGCGGGCCUUGGGAGUUUGGGCUCUAUUGGCUAAGGUUUAAUACUUAAAACAUUUUUCCCUCCCUUGUGGGAACAUUUCAUUUUUUAAAAAAAGAAAGGAAAAUAUUUUUUCCCCCUAAAAUAGGAGAGAGCCAAAACUGACCAAGGGUAUUCUGCAGCGAACCAGAGACCAAAGAAUUAAUUACUCCCCUUUCCCACAUCCCAGCUCUCUAGGGGAUUAGUUUGUACGCAUCAAAAGAAGGAACAGCUCAUUCUGUUUCCUGCUGAGUUGGUGAAUUCUUUGCUUUCUCAACUCUUCCAGAAAGGACUGUGAGCAAGCUGAAUUUACUUU